AUGGCACCCAAGUCUCCCGAGGACGACGAUGCCUGGAUCGACCAGCUUGCUCAGAUGGACCUCACCAACGACAGACCAAGCCCUCUGUUCGUCAUGAUCCUACCAGCCAAGGAAGAUGGAUGCUACUUCGUGGUGGUUUGCCAGCGCUAUCUCCCCCUUGCGAUGAACGUGCUCAACAACCUGUCGUCCUUUCUCCAGUUUCACCUUGGCGAGUCGUCGUUCCCCAAUUUCAUCCGAGUUAUCAAGAACUGGUCAGCUACCGACCUCGCCUACCAGAAUCGCAAGCUUCAUGUUGAAUGGGUCCCGUCGGAGCUACGCUCCCGCUGUAUUGACGAUCCCACCGACAAUCAAGGUCCUCAAGUCCGUGAUCCCAUGGACUUCCUUCUCUGCAUGGAAGACCCCGUGGAGAUUCUCGAGGGCACACCCCACAUCGACAUCCACCAAACAUGUUCGUGA